ACAUGAUGGACUUGAGCAAGCACCUCAGUAUCAAAGAGUUGCCAACCACCUACAGAGAAGGCAUAUUCGUCUCUUUGGCGCUCGGUAUCUCUUAUAUAUGGAUCGAUUCGCUUUGCAUCAUUCAAGACGACGAGGAGGAUUGGAGUAAGGAAGCGGCAAUGAUGAAGGACGUUGCCACCGCGGCAGCCGACAGCUCGCAAAGCAAUUUCAGAGACAGGGAUCCUGAAAUUAUCCCGCCCCUUGAGGUUACAGUUAGCGAUUGGAAAUGGGAAGAGCCUGGACAGUCAAAAUUCUGGCUCGCGAUUAAGUGGGUGGACAUGAGGCGGGAAGAUAUUGUAUACUCGCCGCUCCACUCGCGAGCCUGGGUCUUCCAGGAAGCGAGCUUGUCUCGGCGCCGGAUUGACCUCGCUCGGACGCAGAUGUGGGGCCGUCUAGUUGAACGGAUUCUGGACAGUCAGGUGCCCAAGUGGCCUAACGACAAAAGCAUCAAAGGGCUGACCAAUGCGAAAGUCGAUAAUUACGACUUCGAUGAGAGUUGGGAUGUCAGAGACUCAAAAACCCCACAUCUAAGGCCACCAAGGGUUAGCUAUCUCGAGCACCCUCAGGGCCGGCCUGAUCAAAGGAAAGAGGGAGUUGUUGACGGGGCGGUACGAAAAUCGAUCCGUUUCAACACAUUGGACGAGCUGUCCGAGCAUGUCCGAUUAUUCAUCCUCCCCAUUGUGGCGAAUACGAGAACAAAGGUAGCUAUAUGUCUGAUGCUAUGUCAGACGUUGGAUGACAGCUUCGCAGGCAACAACAUCUAUCAACGUGUAGGCACUUAUUGGUGGUGCUUGAGUAGGUGGUCGGUUGAGGAUCUGGAGCCUGUUCCCGAAAGGGAUGUAUACAUUAUCUAACUUUGAUCUUUCCUCAUUUCUGCUUGUUACACACUACAACAUCUUGG